UUUCAUGCGGUGUUUUUUAGCGUAUUACGUCCAGCCAGCUAAAUGGCAGUUCUACGAGGGUGGAGAUUCGUCGGCUUCGUCUCCUGCAUCUUUGGAGCCGUGGGACUAACGCUUUACCCGGUGAUUGUGGACCCGAUGCUGAACACCGAGAAAUACAAAACCCUGCAGGAAUACAGCAAGAUAAAGAGAGAUGAGCUGCAGCAUAUUAAAAGGCAGUAAAACCCCCGAAUAUAAUAAUCUAAUUAUACCCUUUAAACCCCAAACAUGUGUAGUUUCGUUUAGAUGAUACCCUACUAAAAUGUACAUACUCUGGGCUCUCCGAAAAUACAAAAUAGGCUGAUUGUCAUAUAACGC